GUCUACAAUUUACGCUUGACAAUGCCCGUACUGACUAUGCACAUCCGUCAAAACUCCAUUCGAUAUCAACACUGUCGAGGAUUCGAAAUAUGCCACAACACCUCAUCGUCAGCUGUGUACUUUCGCGCACCGCGCUGCCUAACAUACCUGAUAACCCGUAGCAUGAUCCGAGUCAGUCUAGCCCGCAAGAGCCUUCACCGUCUUCUCGAGAACAGUCGCGCUCGAGCUCUUGACCUCAAAGCACAUGUAGCUUUGAGAAGGCUUGAUGUCCUUGAACUCCUGCGGCCUACCAACGAAGUAUUCAAUUUGACAAAUUACGCUACGAGGACUCAGAAACAGCUGUUGUUGCUGAUGCGAGUGACGCGAGACUCGUCGUUGGGGCCCUCGAAGUUCUUGCAGGCGGAUGUGUAGAGAAUCUGCUCGGCGGAGAAGACGCCGUCGUUGGUGUACGUGACGGAGCCGCUGGAGAGAUCUCCGCGGGGUGGGAGCUCGGUCGGAAUGGCGAGGGCGAGGGUGUUGAACAUCAAGGCGAUGAUCGCCGUGAGGAGGUUGACGAGAUGCAUGUUAAUCGACAGAGAGAUAUGAUGUUUGCUCGGGGAUCGUUUCAGUGGCUGUUGGAUACAGAAUGAAGGGGGAUAGAAACUAUUUGGUAGACGGUUGGAAAGGGGUAGAGGGUAAGGAGAAGUUUGGUCUGUGCUACUUGGUGUAUUUAUCGCUCUCAUUCUGUCUCUCUAUUUCACGUGAUUUAGUGUGAAAACAAUCACAAUGUUACAUAUGCAUACACCAAUAGAAUAGUGCUACAGUGUUGCACCAAAAGCGUGGAGCUUUGGCACGUAAACUGAUCAUGUAAGCCGGUCUUCCUUUCACGUAGGUGCCUAGGUGUUUUGAAAUCAAGGUCACACAUGUGUCACUUGUUAUAGCGUUUGUCUCGUCAUCCACAUAUAUAUUCACUCAUACCUGUGCAGCCAGUUGGCAAUCAAACUAUCCCUCCAUCCCCCCCACUUCUUCUACCUUCUUCUCCACGAAGAACUACACUACGGCAAGCUAUGAUGAACGACGAACUCACUUCUACAACUACAACCUCCAAGACAUCGGUUUCUGGCCUUGAAUCUUUGCCCGAUGAGAUCUUGCUAUCAAUUGUCGAGAUCAUCGAUGACCCUGAUGAUGAAACCGGCGGUGUCGCGAAACCGCUUCUCGCUCUCACACAGACAUGUAUCCGUCUUCGCUCCAUUGCUAGGGCGGAACAUUAUGCGGUAGUUUUUAUCCAUGAUGCGCGCGACGUCAUACGGCUCUAUAGAUGGUUCGAGGAUAACCCGGAAGAUUGGCUCCUAGUCCGGCGGCUUGUAUGCUACUGGCGUGAAGUCUCACAAGCAAGCAUUCGAAAAGGUUUCGCGUACUUAUUGAGUCAAAUGAAGAACUUGCAGUCCCUCAGCUUAGGCAUUUAUGGACGUAAGGGACCACAUCCACGCAAGAUCCCCAUUGACCAGCGUUUUCGUGAUCGCUUCGGUGCAUACGAGCUGGCAUACUCUACCGACCAAGUUGAAGCUGUUCCCCCUACGCUACCCCCUGUCGAAGAGCGCAGAUGUAUGAUAGAAACCUGUUUCGAAAUGCUCGAGAAGGUCAACGAUCCAAGCACCACUGAAGAGUAUCUUCUGGACCUCAAUUCAAUGGAAUACCAAGGAAGCUAUUUGCCCUCUCCAGUUUUGAAUGCUGUUUUAGGGUCGCGAACUCUGACCUGUAUGAUGUUCUAUGACACUUUCAUCCCGAUCGAUUCCGUGUCGUCAGAGUUCCAAUUUACUUCACCCUUACAGACCUUGGAGCUGAUAAACUGUAAGAUGAAUCAAUCGACGCUUACGACUCUUCUGGCACGCCCAAAAGCGCUGCGGAAGCUGAGCGUCUUGGAAGGAUUCCGAAAAGGAGAAGACCCGAACGAAGUAUACUGGAGCAAGUCUCUGACCGUCUUUGUCUCGGCAGUCGAACAGCAGAGCCAUAGUCUAGAGCUUCUCUCUCAUGACAUCGACAUGCGGUACCAGGAAUACGAGAAUAUUCCCACUGGAAACGCUACCAAAGGCUUCUCAAACUUCUAUAAUCUCCGCACACUAGAACUACAUCACUUGUCUGCUCUGCGUAGUUGCAUCUCCAAAGAAGGCUUUGCCCCACCUUCUCUGCGGAAAUACACGAUCGAAGAAGAUCUUUGGAACUGUGAUGCGAACAAGGUGUUUAAACACAUCAUGGCUGCUCUUGAGGAAGCCAUUGGCUUAACUCGAUCCAAAAGCCUCAAGACCCUGGACAUGUCGCUCCUGAGUAUCUCCGUGUCCCCGUCCGAAGUUGAACAGGAGUGGUCGCAGAAGGCAUUCAAGCUCGUACAAGCUUUGAAUCGACUUGGGGUUUCUGUAAGGAUUGAAGAUUCAGAAAAACAUGAAUUGAUUGACUGGAAAGAUGACCUUGAUUGGAAGAAAUGCUUUCUCGGUCACUGA